AUGUCAGGUCUUGAUGUAGAGGCUCUCCUCGAGUCUACAGCUGCUUCUGCUGAAAUUGCCGCCAACAAGACAGAAGAACAUGAUGAUCGCUCCCGAGCAGAUCCUUCCGAAACCCGCGAUCGUGAUCUGUCCCGAGAGCGACGCCGACGCCGUGACCGCAGCCGUGACCGCCGCCGGGAUGUCGAUGGCGAUGAGGACAUGAAGAGCCCACACAGCGAGCAUGGCAGUGCUAACGGAAGCCAUAGAAGCCGGAAGAGAAGCCGAAGUCGUGACAGCGAGCGACGACGCUCGCGUCGCGAUCGCGAUGGCUAUCGCUCAAGCGGUGACUUCUACCGUGGGCCCGGACGCGCCCGAACUCGCUCGCGCUCGCCUUACGAUGACCGUCACUAUCGCCCAUCACGACGUGAACGGGAAGAAGAAAGACGUCCUCGGCGAGAUCGCGAUGGUGGUCGGCGCCGUAGCCCUAGUCGCCGCAGCCCGAGCAAGUCUCCUGAACUGAACGAAGAUGAGAGAGAUAAGAGAACCAUCUUCGUCCAACAGUUGGCUGCUCGUCUGAGAACCAAGGAACUGAUGGCAUUCUUCGAGCAAGCCGGCCCUGUGAAAGAGGCUCAGAUUGUCAAGGACCGAGUGAGCGGAAGAUCUAAAGGUGUCGGUUAUGUCGAGUUCAAAAGCGAAGACUCCGUCCCGGCCGCCAUUCAACUUACCGGCCAAAAACUUCUAGGCAUUCCUAUCAUUGCGCAGCUCACUGAGGCUGAAAAAAAUCGUCAAGCCCGCAACCCCGAAGCGAGCUCAGGGCCGUCCCACUCGGCGCCAUUCCACCGACUCUAUGUGGGUAAUGUCCACUUCAGCAUCACCGAAAGUGAUCUUCGGAAUGUCUUUGAACCAUUUGGCGAGCUCGAGUUUGUUCAGCUACAAAAGGACGAGACCGGUCGAAGCAAGGGCUAUGCGUUUGUGCAAUUCCGAGACCCGAACCAAGCGCGAGAGGCUUUGGAGAAGAUGAAUGGCUUUGAUCUUGCCGGUCGAGCCAUUCGAGUAGGCCUUGGCAACGAUAAGUUCACCCCCGAUUCGAACGCGAAUCGUCAACAGGGCGCGUCUGCAAACCAACCGAAUUUCCAGGGCUCCUCAUUUUCCGGCCAUGGAGGCCGCGGUGUCCAGGCUGGUGGCUCGAGUAACUUUGACCGAGCCGGUGGUGGUCGAGAUACUGAUAAGGGGACCGGUGCAAGUGCCCUUGAUGACACAGACGUUGCGGGUGUGAACUUCAACAACUACAGUAGAGAUGCAUUGAUGAGGAAGCUUGCACGAACAGAUGAACCAGAGCCUUCCGCCGACGAAUCGCAGAACAUUCUUCGACCCAAGACCGAGAUCAAGCCGCUGCCUGUCAAUGUGAACAUGGCCAGUCGGUGUGUCAUGCUUCGAAACAUGUUUGAUCCCGCUGAGGAAACCGGUGAAUCAUGGAUCAAGGAACUUGAGGACGAUGUCCGCCAAGAGUGCGAGGACAAAUAUGGCCACGUUGUCCACAUCUCAUUGGAUCCAAACUCACAAGGCGAUAUAUACCUCAAGUUUGAUCGAGUUCAAGGUGGUGAGAAUGCCAUCAAGGGUCUAAAUGGUCGCUUCUUUGGUGGCAGACGCAUCACAGCUCAACCCGUGGUAGACGCUGUUUACAGCAGCCUCUUCAGUCGCACCAAGGCCAUUUAA